UGUUUAUAUUUGAAUCGAUUUGUAAAUAGUCUGAAAACAUUCCAAAGUGUUUUAUUUUCUUUUAACUGUUCAACUAUUUCAACAAAUUCGUUUGUGCAUUAAACCAACGAAAAUCCAGAAAUGGAUGACCAGAUAAAGGAAAUAUGCCGCCUAUGCUUAGAUCCCAGCGAAAAGUCUAGCUGUAGUUCGAUCAACGAUUUGGCAAUCCGGUCCAAGCUGCAAACUGUGUUCAAAUUUGAGCUUCCCGAAGAAGAAUUCUUCCCUUGUGAGAUUUGUCACGAGUGUUCGUCCAAAGUGGAUGAAUUUCACUCCUUUCAUGAAACUGUUCGGCUGAAUCAGGAUCAACUGAAAGCUGCACCGGCCGAUUUGAAUGCUCUACAAUACGUGGAAAUAAAGCAGGAACCAUCUCCAUGCGCGGCUAACCAGGAUGAUGGGUCAGUAGCAUCGCAAAAUGAUAUCAAGGACGAGCCUUCUGAUUCUGAUGAGGAAGAUGACAGAAAACCUCUUCGAAGAAAACGCAAACAGAGAGCUUCGGCUGCAAAAACUGUUACGAAGAUGAAACAAGCGCGGAAAAAUGAUCUCGAGAAGGACAAAUACGAAAAGGUGGCCGAAGAGAACAAGAAAAUUCAAGAAUUCUUAACUAUUAGUUGUAAGUUUUGUUCUGAAGAGUUUGAUUCGUUCGAUAGAUUACAAAGGCACACUCGCAAAUCACACAGUUCCCGUGGUAGCAUCACAUGUUGCAAUCGUGUUUUCUACAAGAAGUGCAAAAUAAUCGAACAUAUCGAUUCCCAUUUGAAUCCGAAUCAGUUCCACUGCGGCUUGUGUAACAAAAGCUACAGCAAUAAGUAUUAUCUGGAUUUGCACAAUUUAAGAAAACAUUGCAUCAACGAAGAAAAACCAUACAAGUGCGAAAAAUGUGGUCAAGGAUUCCCGAAGGAAUGGUUAUUGAAGGUCCAUUACAAUACGCACAUUCAGGCGGAGUGUACGAUUUGUCACAAGGUUCUGGCGAAUGCGUCUACUCUGAAAAUUCACAUGGUAAAUAUGCACAGUGGUGAUUCAAAGCAUAGCGGUCAUUCAAAGCACAUCUGCGAUACUUGUGGGCAGGAGUUCCGCACAAAGCUGGGCAUGGAACGGCAUAUCAAACAGCAUAUGGGAAUCAAUACGAUCGAACGAGUUCAGUGCCACAUUUGCAGCAAAUGGGUCAACGGGAAGCCAAAUCUGAAGAUUCAUGUCAAGACAGUACAUAGCGAGGAAAACCAGACGGUCACUUGCAAUGUGUGCAACCAAAUAUACCCGAAUAGCCGCGCUCUCAGCAGACACAAGAGCCGUGUGCAUGUGGAGGAAAAGUUCGAGUGUGAAUUUUGCGGGAAAAAGUUCAAAAGGAGUAUUUUUUUGAAAGAGCAUCGAGCUUCCCACACGGGUGAAUCGCUGUAUUUCUGUGACGUGUGCGGAAUGACGACCAAUUCCAACGCGAACCUCUAUUCGCACAAAAAGAGCAAACAUCCGGACGAAUGGCUGGAGGCACGCAAAAAAGCCAUGGCGAACGCUUAUGGUUAGUUCUUUUGGAAGCACUCGUGAUAAAAAAAAUAUCGAUACGACACGUCGAGACGCUUACUGUUUUUCGUUCCAAAGUACCGUCACUGAAAUAUUUGUUUAUUCGGUUCCUUCAUUGGUUUGUAAAUUACACUAUUAUUAACUACAAAUGUAGCUAAUUGUCAUAAGUUUAUUAUAACAUAUUUAGGUUUAUUUAUAUGUUGAACAGAACCACAAAUUACUUUAAUGAAGAUCUGUAAAAUAAUAAAAAGAAAAGUUAUAAGAGGUUGUGUUCAAGACACGACCACAUUGUUGACAUAGAACUACGCUGUUAUUUUGUUCAAAUCACUUGUUAAUAACUUUGGAUGUCAUUUUGGAAUGCUGCGAAGUUUCAAAAAUAACUGUUUAGUAGAAUGGUUUGGUCGCCCUGAAAUGGUUUUUUUUUCAUUGUAGAAUCAGUUGACGAUAAUUGAUUGAUGAUUCAUUCUUGUCCUCGCAGAACAAUACAUUUGAAUCGUUACAUCGAUGUUGACAAAUGUAAACAAAGAAACAUCACGAAUGACACCGCCCGUACAGAAAUAAUCAUUAUAUUAUUUACAAACCGGUUGAUAAGCAGGAACACAUUGAAAGCAACAAUUAGCAACAUAGCAGAGACUGUCAUCGGGUAUGAACAACGAAAACAAUGGAACGAAUGGUUUGAAGACGAGUGCCGAGUGCUUCUGAACGAGAAGGAUGCGUCACGCGUAGCCAUGCUGCAAUGAGCGUCUCGACAAAGCGUCCACACUUCUCUUUCGGGAAAAGGCGACGCCUGGAAUGGAAAGAGUGUGAGGAGAUGGAGCUGCUUUAUCGAUGUUGGAUACUGGCAACUCUGUUGUGUUUCUCUGUUGUCUUCAAACAAUAAUCAAUUUCACCAAAAUUCUCCAAUCGUAUCAGCUGUGCGCCGCGUCAUUUCCUCAAUCGCUUGAAUUUCCCGUCGCCAUUCGCGUUGACGGCGGAAUGGUGUCGACAUCUGGAUACGAUAUUAGUUUGUAUGAGGUCAACUAUUCUUUAUCAGAUUAGUCGACCCUAAGGCAGUUUUAAAUUGCUAAAAUUUGAAUGAAAUUUUUUUCUUUGCGUUAUUUGCCUUCUAUAAGUACGCUGUUCUGACCCCAAUUUAAACUAUUUUCUAUCAAUUUUCAGAUAUUCUCACCAAAACUUGCCAGCGCUCGUCUCGUUUGUUUUCAUAUUCCAGAAGCCGAGCUCGAUUAAAAACAGACCUGAGUUAUGAACCUCGAGGAAAAAUAUCAUUGGAAUCAAAAGAUAUAUGAAACUUAUUCCUUUUUGUUAUGUUUUUUUUUAAUAUUUUGGCACUGAGAAAAGAGUAUCGAUUGAUCAAUUUUAAAACUGUUUGUUGUUUUUCUCAAAACAAAAACAUGUCUUCUCAUCUGACAUCACUGAUCAUACCGAGAAAAACUGACUGAAGUCUCUCCAGUCUACCAAAUAAAACAUUUCAAUGAAACUCGUGGAAUUGGAUAUUUUGCUCGUCUUGACAGUGAUUGAAACCGAGUCGAGACGAGACGAAUUACUUGUCUCGUUUUCUGGAAUAGGGCCCUAUAUACGCUUCAUUUCGUUUUCACCGUGAAGUGACGUUUGUGAUCAGGCCCAAAAUAAGACAUCUGAUGCUGCUUUUCUUCUCAUUUCGUAACCCGAAACAUCCUGCCAGAGUAUUCUUUUUUCGUUCCGCUACGAUUGAUUGCUAUAAUUUUCGGCAUCCAACAACACGAAGGUAAACAUUCCAAUCAUCAUUACCUCUCGCGUGAGCCUGUGGCGUAUUAUCCACCACUGUUCCGGCCAGAGCCAAGGAGGAACUCAAAAAAAGAAAAAAAAAACACAAUUUAUUCGUUCACACUUUAUUCACUUCAUUCUACAAAAUAGUUACACUUGAACUAUAAUUGAAAACACUAAACUAAACACAAAAACACAGCUCAUCUGGAAAAAACAAUAAGGAUUAGUUAUUUAAAUGAAUUGUUACUUACCUCAGUUAUUUUCCAAGAGCACAUGGUACACAAUCACCUGAAAAGUAAAUUAGAAAUUGUCGUAUUCAGGGUUUCAAUUCAAUUUUAAACAGGACUACUCGAUCCAACAAUAAUCCAGAGACUGAACUCUAAUUUAAAUGAGCUCAUUAUUAGAGGGAUAUUGACGAAUUUACGUUGGAUUUACAACCAGAUGGCGCAGCGAGUAAAAUGAGGAUGUUUUGUUUUUUUGGUAUGAAAUUCGUUCAAAUUUUCUAGAAAAAUCAGAAUUUAUCAUCAAAUUUCCCGGUUUCAUGUAUUCUUUCCACGCUGAAAAGGUUAGAAAAUCAUCAUUUUAUAAUGUGCCAGUGUAUUACGAGGAAUAGCUUGUAUUGUAUUGUAACUUUAAUUUUUUUCAACUAAGUAAACGAUGAAUAGGGUGUUUUGCGCUGAAAAUACUGCAAAUCCUUCUCGUAUCGUCCCCUACAUAAUCAAUGAUAUCAGCCAAUUUGAUAUGAUAUCGAUUUCAUCGCAAUUAUUCAUAGUAUUAAUAACCAGUAUGCAUUAUCAAACUUAAAAUUUUCGAAGAUUAUCGAUGACUUUGAUCAACUCGUGUGUUGAAACCAUCGUAAAUAUACAAAACUUCAACUUUCUUACCAUAUACUGACGACAUUCAAUGGCUGAAAUGAAUCUAAAUUGAAAUAAAAUGAAUAAUCACCACCAAAUCUUGCUUUUCAGUGCAUAAAAUAAAAAAAACACCCU